AUGAGUUCCACCGCCGCAUCUUUGACCGUCGGAGGAGGCGGAUCGUCUGAGUCUUCCGGUGUAAAGAAAACCUCGAAGCGACCUAAAUAUUCAAAAUUUACUCAGCAGGAGCUUCCAGCAUGCAAGCCAAUUCUUACUCCAACAUGGGUGAUCUUGACAUUUCUUGUCGUUGGCGUUGUCUUCAUUCCCCUUGGAGUGAUCUGCCUACAUGCUUCUAAGCGAGUCGUCGAGAUUGUUGAUCGAUAUGACAUAGACUGCGUUCCAGCAUCUUCUAGGAACGACAAGGUCGCUUACAUAAAAGGAGUAGAAGAUAAGAUAUGCAACAGAACAAUAUUGAUCAAGAGAAAUAUGACGCAUCCUGUCUAUGUAUACUACCAACUUGGGAAUUUCUACCAAAACCAUAGACGGUAUGUGAAAAGUCGAAACGAUGCACAACUAAGAAGUCCGAGCGAUGAGCGUGAUGUGAAGACUUGUGCACCUGAGGAUAAUGUGGGUGGAGAACCAAUUGUUCCAUGUGGUCUUGUUGCUUGGAGUUUGUUCAACGAUACUUAUCGUUUUUCAAGAAAUAGCCAGCAACUUCCUGUGAAUAAGAAAGGCAUCUCAUGGAAGAGUGACAGAGAAAAAAAGUUUGGACAAAAUGUCUUCCCGAAAAAUUUCCAGACAGGAGAUAUAGGUGGUGGAACUCUUGACCCCAAGAAACCGUUGAGUGAGCAAGAAGACCUCAUAGUCUGGAUGCGUACCGCGGCUUUGCCAACAUUUAGGAAGCUGUAUGGGAAGAUUGAAACGGACCUGCACGAGGGUGAAACCAUAACGGUCUUGUUACAGAACAACUACAACACUUACAGCUUUAACGGGGAGAAGAAGCUAGUGCUAUCAACAACUAGCUUGCUCGGUGGAAAGAACGAUUUCCUCGGGAUUGCGUAUCUGACUGUAGGCAGCAUUUGCUUGUUCUUGGCUGUUACAUUCUCCGUAUUGUAUCUAGUUAAACCAAGGCAACUCGGAGAUCCUUCUUACCUUUCGUGGAACAGAAGUGCUGGAGGUUAG